CAACCAAUUGGAACUGGUUAUUCAUUUUCAAACACUGCGUCAACUAUAAAAUCUACAGAUUUGGCUGCUGUCGACGUUUAUAAGUUUUUAAAACUUUUUUUUGAAAAAUAUCCCAAUUUUCAAAAAAAUAACUUUCAUUUAGCUGGUGAGUCCUAUGCUGGUCAUUAUAUUCCUAGAAUUGCUUCAGAAAUUUUAAAACACAAUGACAAAUCCUUUCAAUUAUCUUCCAUUAUAAUUGGAAAUGGUAUCACUGAUCCUUUAACCCAAUUUGAAUAUUAUCAACCAAUGGUUUGUGGUGAAGGUGAUAUAUCUGAAUCAAUUUUAUCUUCUUCUCAAUGCAAAUCAAUGAAAAAAUAUCAUUCUCCAGUCUGUAAAAAAUUAAUCCAAGGUUGUUAUAAAACCUCAAGCGCCUUAAUUUGUGUUCCGGCUGCGGUUUAUUGUGCCUCAAGAUUAAUUCAACCAAUUCAGCAAUCUGGCAAAAGUAUUUAUGAUCUCAGAACAGCCUAUGAUUAUUCUGCUCCUUUAGGCUAUACUCAUUUGUUAAAAAUCGAGGAAUAUUUAAAUCAAGAGUUUGUUAAAAAUGCCUUGGGAAUCAAUGAAAAGGGUUAUAGUUCAGAUUAUGUGACAUGCAGUUCCACAGUUAGUAGUGCAUUUGAUCUAUCUGGUGAUCAUUUAAAACCUUUCCAACAAUAUGUUGCAGAAGUUUUAAACAAUGAUAUACCUGUUUUAAUUUAUGCUGGUGAUAAGGACUUUAUGUGCAAUUGGCUAGGAAAUGAGGCAUGGACAAGCGAAUUAAAUUACAAAAAUCAUAAGAAAUAUAAAAAAGUCGAUUUUAAAGAUUACAUCACUUUAGAAAAUCAGCAUGCAGGGUAUAUUAAAAACUAUGACAAAUUCACUUUUAUUAGAAUGUUUGAUGCUGGUCAUAUGGUUCCUCAUGACCAACCAAAAAACUCUUUAGAUAUGAUAAAUAGAUGGUUAAAUGGAGACUACUCCUAUAGUAGCUAA